UGUAUACACGUCUAAGCGUGGUUUCCCUAUGAAUAGUAUACCAUUUAUUAGUACAGUAAUGUGACUCCAGUUUGCAGAACAGUAACAUGUAACUUCUAUAAUUCGAUGAACUAUCAUUUUUGUACUUGGGAGUGCCACUCUAGUGUGUUUGUGUAACUCUAUGUAAACACAAGAGACAGUGUGCUAAUGAUUAGCCUAUUAUACUAAAUACCGGUAGAUACCAACAAUAGGCCAUUUCAUCCUGAGGUGAACACUAUGAUUUACUGAAUAAGAUCGGUCUCUUAAGGUCAAGACCUCUGUCCGAAAUGAAGGUGUACAGUAUAUGGAUAAGAACACUAAUAACUCAGAGAGGCCGAAGGUUUUACCUAACUGCAGCAUGUGGACUCUUCAUGGUAUCUCUAGCCUUAUUGAUAAUUCGCUCUUGGAAUUCCCGUUCGUAUUUUCGUGAUGUAGAUUUCAUAAAUAAACUACAAAUUGCAACACAUGAUGCUAAAAGUGAACUGAGGCUGAAGAACAACAAGCAAGAUCAACAAGGUGGACUGAGCUGGAUUGUUCAGGUCUCUGAUAUUCACUUGCACACCGGAGACGAGAUGGAAAUACAGCAUUUUCAGGAAUUUGUUGACGAUGCUCUAAAGAUCCUAAAACCUGCUGUUGUGUUAGUGACAGGUGACCUGACAAAUUCAAAAACAUAUGGAGUUAAAAUUGCUGAGCUUCCAGAAGAAUGGUCUAUUUAUAGGCGUGCUGUGAAGGAACGGAUCGGUCGUAACAUUUCUUCUAUUUGGUUAGACAUUGCUGGAAAUCAUGAUAAUUUUGAUGAAGUGGCACACUCAUAUUUUAAGGCUAAUGCUGUGCAGUCAUCCUUCACAGCAUCAAGAACAGCCAUUGGGGUUACUAUAGCUGGCACUGGAGGACAGAAUGUUACUUUUCUUCCUGUUGAUGCCUCUUUGAAACCUGGAAUUCGAGCAUACAAUUUUCUAGGGUAUCUUCCAGAGGAUGAAUUUAAAAAUCUGCACCGAGCAGCUGAAGAAGCACACAGUCGAGGUGACAUUAUCGUAUUCUAUGGCCAUUACCCAAUAAGUACAAUAGUGUCCUCAACUGAUUUAACGAAACUCUUGUCUACUGGGGCAGCAUAUGUAUGUGGACAUCUCCACACUGGUUUUGGUACAGUUGAUCCUAUGUGGACAAGACAUCCAAAUGGAUUAAUGGAGCUGGAACUCUCAGACUGGGCACAUACCCACAGAUUACUGGUGUUUACAGAUGAAGAGAUUGCUGUAGUUUCCGUUCGUGUUGAUGAUAAUUUAGGCCAUUGGAUUUCAUGUGUGCAUAACUUUGGUCCCUUAUUUACUGCUACUGUUGAAAUCCACUAUGAAUCUUGGGAUCGUCCAGCAAACGAAAAAGAUUUUAUAAGAAAUCUCCAGGUUCUCAUUGGGUUUUGGUUGGCAAAUUUAUCAGGCAGCAAAACACUGUUGAGAAUUGGAUCGAAUGGCGCAGGGUUUGAGUUGCCAAAGCCAUCUUUCUUAGCUGGUAUUAUCCUGUCUCUCAGGGUGCAUGAUGUGUUUAUCGUCAUCUAUGUGACUGGUGUUGGGCUUUGUAGUGUCAUCCUCAUUCUUGGCAGAUAUCAAGUGCGAUGGGAGCCAGUUUUAUCAAAGAGGCUGAUUAGCACUGCAACAAGUUUUUGCCACAACAGUACUUACCUGGGUUUCUUGUUUGCACUACUACUUUAUCCUCUUAUAGGACCUUGGUACAUAGGACGACUUGCAGGAGAUAAGUAUGGUGUGGUGUUUAUGUGGGGAAUAUUUGUUGGCUCAACAGUUCUGCCUGGAGAACUAACAUAUCCAGAUGCUUUUUUCUUGUGGACUACACUACAGUUUCCUGCAUUUCUUCUUAUCUUCAUUAAGCGCUGGAUGAGUUUGGAUGUAAACAGAAAUCGAUGCAACACCUGGCUGAUGGCUUUCCUUCUGACAACAUUGGGUCUUCAGCUACCCUGUAUCUUGGCUUGGCUCUUCCUUGACAGUAUCCUUUUAAAUGGACCUAUUCGUCUUGGCCUUUCAUUGGUUGUGAUAUAUUUAUGGAAGAAGUUGUAAAUACUGUUUAUGUUAACAUUUACUUUACUAAUUUCUUAUAAAAUCUUAUGUAAUAUAACACUCUACAGCAAGUCAUAUACUUAUUGUCCAUAAAUGUUAUUACGUAUAGGGUAAUGUCCCGGCAUAGUGAUAUGAAGAACAGGUACUGUUAUGUACAUUAUUUUAUGACAUUGCAAGUUUUUAUAAAUUUGAAGAUUUUGUAAAUAUUGUUAUGUGAUUCUGUCUGAAACAAUGAUAAUAAGUCAAAUUGCAAAUUGUGAU